AUAUAGAUGCAUAUUCCACAGCGAGUCUUUACAUACUAUUCACAAGUCACAACGUUCCUCUCAAAUCCCACACCAAAAAAAUUAAACAAUAAAUAGUAUUAAAAAAAAAAAAAAACUGAGACUAGCAUGAGAUAUAGCUAGAGCUCGCGUGAACAAUGAGAAGUGGAUUCGAUUCUCUGAAAUGGCUUAUCAUUUUUGCUGCAAUAGUUCUCUCAACGAUUCCACACCGAGUUAUGUCCUUGAACUCGGUCUCUCCGGUCUGCGAACUCAGUGUCAUCGAGAACGACAAGCUUUACAGCUAUAGCUUGGCCACUCCUAUUCCUAAUUUCCCUCACGGGGUUCUCAGCGAAGAUGGGUUUUACAAAGUGGCAACAAAUGAGACCGUGGUCUGGUUUCAGCUCUGUGAUGGAAUGAUUUUCAAUCAUGACCCUCCUAAAUGUGUGGGCUGCUCGGAUUGUGGGGGCCCAUCACGUUGUGGCAUGUAUUGUAGUGCCCUCAUGGAAAACAACAUAGGAGGUUACCAUGUUUGCACUACCAUUGGUCAGGCCUCAGGCAUAGACAUUAAAAUCAUUGAUAAAAAGAAUCCCCAUGCUGGAGUGAUUGUUAAGAUGUCCAAUACUGGCUCAAAGGUCAACUGUUCGCUCUCAGUGUCCGUUUUUUGUGAUUCAAAAAACAUUCAGGGGCCACAUUCACUGGAAAAUUCAGGAACUUGUGAUUAUGCUACGGUAAUGAGGCAUCCUUCUGGUUGUGCCAAGAUUGCACAAUAUCAUGGGAAAGGGUGGGGUUGGUUUGGCACCUUCAUAACCAUUGUAUUUUGCCUUUUUGGAGCGUAUCUGCUGGUUGGUACAGUUUAUCGAUAUUUCAUCCUUGGAGUUCGUGGAAUAGAUAUUUUCCCAAACCUGGACUUCUGGACCAGUUUACCUCAAAGAACACAGAGUUUGCUUGCUUCUUUGGUGCAGAAAUUUAGAGGACCUUCUCAAGGUCACAGGAGCUCCUAUUCUCCUGUCAACUUUUGAUCGUAUAACAUUUUCCAUUUAGGAUUCUACGGGAGAAUUUAUCUUGUAUCAUCUCUGCUCUGGCAUGAACACUCAACAUACAAUUGCAAUGGUUCAGUUCACCCAACCGCUUCAACAGAGUGGAUUUUUUCUUUUUAGAUCUGUAGCAGAAUUACCACUAUUACUUGAGAUAUACCACCAUAUUACAGGUGCUUUUUGGUAUCUUUUACACCCAAAUAUUUCUCAUCAAUGAUAUUCAAUUAAUUGUAAUCCCUAAAGCUGACCACAAAUGCUGCUAUCAUUGUUCUUACGAGUCAAUGUCACAUUUCCCUUCUGUGAUAUCAAUGGAAUUUUUACGAAUUUUUGUACUUUA